AUGGAGACCUCGCUCAGGUUCGACUCGAACGGAAAGUCCUUGAGGCUGUUCGCCAAGGAAAAGUUCAGCAACGACGACAACUACGUCCUGACCGUGAGCGGGUCGCUGGACACGAAGGACGGGCGCGUGGAAUCGCGCGCGUACGUCCGCAAAAAGUUUUUCCCGGAGGCGGUCCUGUCCCGGGUGGACAUGGGACUCUCGUACGCGACGACCGCGGACGACGUGAAGUACGGCAUCGCGGGGAAGAAAUCGUUCGAGCUCACGGACGACGGACUGACGACGCUGGACGUGAAGGGCGGCGUCACGAUGGGGAGCAAGGCGCGACACGCGGAGGUAUCGGGCGCGGUCGAGCUGACGCAGAAGAUUUUCAACUUUCAGGAGGACCAAGACCUGAAGUUGCGGCUGGGGUACGACUACGGGCAGAUACGGGAGAACAACUGGACGUUUAACACGGACUUUAAGGACCGGUGGGACGUCCGGUACGACCUGUGA